CGAUCGGUAUUUCGUUAGUCGCUAUUGUAAUGUCGCUAUAUGCUGGUUGUUAUUAUUGAAAUGGCCGACGUUUAGGGGGAGUGUCUCGAAGAUACAUAAUAUCUAAACUGUAAUUGAUAUAAGUUUAAAAUAAGAAGCAGGCGCCGUGGCGAAGGUUCACAUUCUAAAUUAAAGACUGAAGAAUAAUAUUGGAUAAAAAUGGCUUGGCGUUUUAAAGCUUCUAAAUAUAAAAAUGCAGCACCAAUAGUGCCCAAACCAGAAGCAUGUGUAAGGGAUGUAUGUGUUGGUUCUUAUCAGACUUAUGGAAACAACAUAUGUGCCUCUGCAUCUUUUAUGGCUUUCAAUUGGGAGCAUGUAGGGUCAAGUAUGGCAGUGUUGCCUUUAGAUGAUUGUGGGAGAAAGAGCAAGACGAUGCCUCUGCUUCAUGCUCAUUCAGACACUAUAACUGAUAUGGAUUUUUCUCCCUUCCAUGAUGGAAUACUUUUAACUGGCUCUCAGGAUUCUCUGGUAAAAGUCUGGCACAUACCCCCAGAAGGCUUGAAAGAAUCUAUCUCAACACCUGAAUGCUCAUUAUCUCAGAAGCAACGCAGAGUAGAGAAUGUAGGUUUCCACCCUGUCGCUGAUGGACUUAUUCAUGUUGCAUCAGGUCAUGAACUAUCUCUGUGGGAUUUGACCAAGCAGAAGGAAGUUUUUGUUAACCGAGAUCAUACAGAAGUAAUUCAAUCUACUUCGUGGAAGAAAGACGGCAAAUUGGUCGCCACAUCGUGCAAAGACAAGAAAGUGCGAAUUCUGGAUCCUCGCGUAGAGACUCCAGUUCUGAGCGUCGCAAAUAGUCAUCAGAACAUUAAGGACAGCCGCCUCGUUUGGCUGGGCGACAGCGAUCGAGUACUGACCACCGGUUUCGACUCCGCUCGUUUACGUCAAAUAAUGAUUCGCGACGUACGAAAUCUAACGCAAGCGCAGAAGACGCUGGAGCUGGAUUGUUCGACGGGAGUCCUGAUGCCGCUCUUCGACCCCGACACGAACAUGCUGUUCCUGGCCGGCAAGGGCGACACGACCAUUUUGUACAUGGAGUUGACGGACAAGGAGCCGUACUUGAUCGAAGGCUUGCGGCACUCGGGUGAACAGACGAAAGGCGCCUGUCUGGUGCCGAAGCGUGCGCUGCGCGUUAUGGAGGGCGAGGUGAACCGAGUCAUGCAGCUCACGGGCUCGUGCGUCGUGCCCAUCAUGUACCAAGUCCCCAGAAAGAGCUACCGGGAGUACCACGCCGACCUGUACCCUGACACCGGCGGCGCCGCCACCUUCCUCAGCGCGCCCAUGUGGCUCGACGGGCUGGACUAUCCCGUGCCCACCAUAUCCUUGCAUCCGGAAGCCAACAACUGUACGCAGGUACACCGCGGUGAUUUGGAAGAGUUAGUGAGAAAAAUACUAGCGAUGCCGAUCCAAAAGAAAAGUGAUAAAAAAAUAGUGACGCAAACACACGCAGACGCAAAACCGGCCGAGCCACCUAUCGCGACGCCCGACAAAGAAGACGAAAAGAUAGAUUUCGUGAACGUCAAAGAUAUGAUCAAAGGCAUGGAGAAGCAGAAGACCGAGCCGAAAGAACACUCCAAGGAAAACGGAUUCCUUAAGAAGAUGGGUAACGGGCACGAGGAAAAAGAAGAUUUGAAAAGAGAUAGCUUAGAUAAGACGGAUUCGGAGUCGAGCGAAACUCUUUCACGUAGCGAGAGCUCGAUGAAUGGGAUCCAAGCACCGAAACCUUUGCCGAGGUCUUCCAUAUCGGAGGCCGGGUCGGCCGCUGACGACGCUGAAGCGCCCAAACCGAAACCCAGGACUACGGCUGCGCCCGUGUCUGGCUAUAAGCCCCGCCUCGGUCCGAAACCCUUUUCGGCCUCCACGGGAAUCGAAGAGUUUUCUUUCGACAGAGUAUUCUCCGUGCCCGCCGUUCCCGGCGUCAAUAAGAGCGAUUCCUCCACUUCGCCGUCGUCGGCGCCGACUUCGAACUCUCCGGCGACGGCGACUACCGUCUCCCGAGAGGGCGACGGAGAGGAGUCUCUCUGUCCCGCCGGGGACGCGGAAGUCGCGCUCAAAGAGGAAUACACGAACGGAAAAUACGACGCCAGCGUCGAAGAAGACGUCAAUGGCUCGGACGCCGGACCCGGACCCAAGACGCCGACGACCGCCGAUCGACGCCGCCUCUUCGAGACCACAGACGGAGUGAAGUCGAUCGCGGAUCGGCGGCGAGCCUACGAAGUGCGCUCCCUGAGCUCCGCGCCCGAUGCGGAGGCGCCUCUCUCGCCCGCCCCGCUCAGGCGAAGGGACUCCUUGAAGUCUCGCAAGAGUCCAGAAAGAGAGGAGAAACGUUCGUCCGUUCCGAACGUCGCCACCAAACGCACUUCGACAGUUUUCGGUAAAGUGUCCAAGUUCCGUCACCUGAAGGGCACGCCGGGGCACAAGUCGACCCACGUCGAAAACAUCAAGAACGUCAGCCGACAGAUCUCCGGCGAGUGCGACGGUUUCUGCGCGAACGCCGUCCGCUGCGCCGUCCCCGUGAGCGCCGGCGCCGGCGGCGGCCGGGUGGCGGUCGUGGAGUUGCCGACGGGCGCCACACCUUUCGCCGUGGCGCCGCCCUCGCACCCCGCCGGCCUCCACCCGCCCGCCCUGCUGCACCCGGCGGCCCUGCAGGACUUCGCCUUCGACCCCUUCCGGCCGGAACGCCUCCUGGUCGCCUGCGACGACGGAGCGAUCCGCGAGUGGAUCGUGCCCGACGGCGGCCUCACCGCCUCGACGAGCGAGCCCGAGCGGACGUUCGCCGCGCACGCGGACAAGAUCUACGCGAUCCGCUUCCACCCGACCGCCUCGGACCUGCUGGCCACCGCCGCGCACGACCACUCCGUGAAGAUCUGGGACCUCGCCGCCGACCCGCCGACGGCGGCCAUCACGCUCGCCGGCCACGCCGACCAGAUCUUCGCGCUCGCCUGGUCGCUCUACGGCGAGUGCCUCGCGACCGUCUGCCGGGACGGCUUCGUCAGGAUUUACGAGCCGCGGGCGUCGAGCGAGCCGCUGCGCCGAGGCCGGAGCGCCGCGGGCGGCCGAGGGGCGCGGCUCGUGUGGGCGCUGCGGGACACGCACCUCGUGGUCACGGGCUUCGACAAGGUGUCGGAGCGCCAGAUCCUGCUGUACAAGGCCGCCGACCUGUCGGCGCCCGUCUGCACGGUCGGCCUGGACGUCUCGCCGGCGAUUCUGCUGACGCACAUCGACCACGACUCCGGCACUCUGUUCCUGACGGGCCGGGGCGACUCGACCAUUUACUGCUACGAGGUGACUUCGGAGCCGCCCUUCCUGUGCGCCCUGUCGCACCAUCGCUCCGCGUCGCUGCACCAAGGAAUCUGUUUCUUGCAAAAGAACGCGCUGGCCGUCGAAAAGGUGGAGUUCGCGAGAGCGCUUCGUCUGACGAACGGAAACGUCGAGCCGUUGUCCUUCACGGUGCCGAGGAUCAAGAGCGAGCUGUUCCAAGACGACCUGUUUCCCCCGACGCUCGUGACGUGGCGGAGCUGGCAGACGGGGCGCCGGUGGCUCGAGAGGCGACCCGCGAGCCCCGAGGUCGCGAGCCUGCAGCCGCCGGGCAUGGAGCCGCUGUCGGCCCGCGCGGUUCCCGCGGCCGCGCCCAAGGGGAGGCCGAAGCCGGACCUCGUCGAGGCGCACGUCCCCCCGGACGCCAAGGACAAGCAGGCCAGCAUAAUGAAAUCGAUGAGCGCGAGAGUGACCGUCAACCUGAAGCUGGAGCAGGACGCCCUGGAGGGGGUCGACGACUCGGAGUGGGAGCAGUGAAGCUCUGCGCGUCUCCAUAUCGUCUCCAUAUCGUGCACUAUAAAACACGAAUCGUAUAAUAUCGUAGUUUUUAUCCUUAAGAUGCCUCACCUCUUAGCGUCGCGAUCUCCGUUACAUUCCUACGUCUGCCAUACGAGAUGCAUUUAUUCAAGUACGCACUUUUUAAACUAUCCAAAUAAUUACGUAAAUAUAAAGGUAGGUAAGAAAAUAUAGAGCAUUCGUUUCUAGGGAAUUUACCUAAAAGUGGGUCACAUUUACGUGACGGUCACCGGUCAAUAUUUUAUAGAUUUUAAGUACACGUCGAAGCGAAAGCGUCGAUGCCGCCGUACGUUUCUGAGAUGUCGACGACAUCUUUAUACUCGAUAUAUAUCGAUAUUUUACGAACAUUAUGACAUAGUUACUCGUCACGUUUUGCUCAAAAUGCCAAAGAAUUUUCUUGAAAAAUUUCUAUUAGAGGCAAUUUUUUUUAUAGUUAUUAUUAAUUUUUUAUUCAAUGAAUUCUAAUAUAAUGAAUUUUCUGCAAAAAAAAAAAUUUACGUCGGCUCGUAUCUCGGUUUCGAGAGCUGUACCCGAACGGGCCUCCGCCUGCGACACGAGUCAGACUAGCUCCGACGAGACCGAGACGGAACCGCGCUCGAUUCGUAAUAAUGACUAAAACAGCUUUCUCUCUCUCGCACCCGCGCCGCAGCGGAGCGUCAGAGUGCGCGAGAGAAGGAUGGGUACCUACGCUUUCGUAUUAAUUGAAACUUAUGUAUAGAGUAUUUUAUUUGCUAGUCAAAAGUAAAACGUAUUAUAUUUUCAAUUGUAUUAUUUUCGUCGAAUUAAGCUUUACACUGCUUUUACUUUAUUCGGUGUGAUCAGUUCGACCAUCGACAUUAUUAUGUGAUAGCGUUUUUGUCGAUAAAUACGGAGAUACAAAUGUUUAGGGACUAAACGAAACAUUGUUUUUUUUUCUUUUAAAUAAUAUCAUUCGCUUACAGGUUCGGCACGUUUAGUGACGUCACCUGACACAGUAAGAAACUUCACGCACCAAUUUAUUAAUUUUAUUUACCAUUGUGAGUAAAUUAUUAUAACUAUUAAUUAUCAUAACAUAUCAAGUUCUGCCUCGGUUAUUAUUUAUAUGACGAUUUCGCCAAGUUUCGAGUCGAGCUCACUCGGAAAGAUGAUCUUCAAGUACCGCGACGAAUCUAAGUUUUGGGUUCGUCGCAUAGGUUAGGCACAUAAGGCGAUGAAAUGGCUUUGUUGACCUCUCUCGUUAUGAUUUAAGUUCGCACCACAAUAUAAUAGCACAAAACGCAAUGAAUUGUGAAAAGACAAUAUUGCUCCAAUCAAAUGUUGUUUAAAUUCGUGCCAACAGUUUUUCUGCAUUAUAUAAUCGGUAAACCCCGACAAAAAUAAACACUGGUUGGUGGCUUUGAAAUAACAUUGAAGCACAAGGAUUCGAAAUGAAGUAGCAAAUAUUAAAUAAGUAGUAAUAUACAUAUUUGUAAAUUUAAAACUACUUGUUUUCGUCUACGAAUGAAAGAACGCGGCUUCAGUGUUUGUUCUGGCUUAAUCUUUUCGAGAUUCGAGAUAGGGUUAUGAAUAAAGAAUGUCAAUAGUGAAUUGAAUGCGUGUAGUUUUGUAUUUUUGUAUGAUCGUACACCUUAUAUCCUUAGUGAUAAGUCCUAAUAUUUGGAAAUAUUUUAUUUUGCAUUUUUUUAUUAAACUCUUGCUAAAUGUAA